ACUGGUUUGGUAUCAUCUCGUCUUUUUCACGGUCAUCGUAUCUCGACGAAGCUCUGGCCAUUGCCACCAUCGGACUUUGGUUCAAAAUUCUAAAUCUCACAGCCCGUUCCACUCCGACCAACCCUUUACUUCUAGACUUCGUUCUUUUAGAAAUUUCAACCCAGAAGUAAGUAUUUUUGAUAAAUUAAGUUCACUCCAUUUCAAAUGCCAAAGCCCGAAGCUGCUACUGAUUCUCAAUUGGCCACAGACAAUGACGCUACCAAUCUCUCUCGGACUUUUAGAUACUUAAUGGCUACCCAAUUCUUGUCAAGAGGCAUUCCUUUCAUUUUCAAUUUGUGGAUCGUUAGGCAUCUUACGGAAGAGGAUUAUGCGGUUUAUGCAGUACAAUUUCAUCUCUUUGUUACAUGUGUUCUGUUUCUUAGCCGAGAGGGAUUCCGACGAGCAUGCAUGCGAGCAGAGCUAAGUGACAGCACAUCUGUUGAGGAAAAUUCUAGGAGGCUACUUAAAGUAGCUUGGUUAAGUUUCCCACUUGGAUUGUUUAUUACUCUCGCUGCGUGUAAUCUGGUUCUUUGGUGGCGAAACAUUCCCUUGUCUAAUCCAUAUGCACAAGCCAUUUUAAUUAAUGGAUGUGCAUGUAUUUUGGAGUUGUUGGCAGAACCUUUGUACAUUCUUUCUCAAACCUUACUCCUUCUUAAAUUACGACUUCUAGUUGAAACUAUGGCUACAUUUUCACGCUGCAUGACAAUGUACAUCCUCCUAGUGAGGGGGAGUAACAUGGAGAAAGGAAUUAUAUUUGCUUUAUCACAAUCUGCAUAUGGUGCUUGCUUAUUCUUAGGAUAUUGGGUCUACUUCCUUAAUUUUCGUGCAUUUAAAUGGUCAGAUCUUUUUCCUUUCAGAGUGGGAAACAUGAAGGAUUUUGAUAAGAAGCUUUCAAACAUGUGCAUAUUAUUUACUUUACAAUCCUUCAGAAAGUUGGUUCUUCAAGAAGGCGAAAAGAUGGUUCUUGUGUGGUUAGAUACACCAUAUAACCAAGCUGUUUAUGGAUUGGUAGAUAAAUUGGGAAGUUUAGUGGUGCGAUUGGUUUUUCUUCCAUUUGAAGAAAGUUCAUACACAACAUUUGCAAGGUCUGCCUCAGGAGAAUACCCAGAUAAAACCAGAAAGCUUGCUAUCUGCCUUUCAGAAGCACUCAAGUUAGUUGUGCUGAUUGGUCUUAUAUUUAUGGCAUUUGGUCCAAGUUAUUCUUAUGCACUCAUUAGAUUGCUAUAUGGUCAGAAAUGGAGUGAUGGGGAAGCCCCAACAGCUCUCCGGUAUUACUGCCUGUAUAUCAUUGUGCUGGCUAUGAAUGGUACUUCAGAAGCAUUCCUACAUGCCGUUGCAAAUGAGAGCCAGCUCAAGAAAUCGAAUGACUCAUUGCUUCUAUUCUCAUUUAUCUAUGUCAUGCUAAAUUUUCUGCUGAUCCGGUCAUCUGGAGUAGUUGGCUUGAUUUUUGCUAAUUCUAUAAAUAUGAUUUUGAGGAUAACAUACUCAGCCAUAUUCAUCAAAGGCUACUUCAAGAACCCUUCAUUCUCCUUCAACAGCUGCCUGCCGUCAGGAUGGAUAUUUUUAUUAUUGUCAGGGGUUCUGACUCUUAUUUCAGAGAGAUUAUUUUUGGACCAACAAAAAUUUUGGUCAACAUUUUCACUUCAUUUUUCGAUUGGUUUGGCUUGCUUCCUUGUGUCAUUAUGCAUCAUCUAUCGCCGUGAGAGAUCCUUUUUCAACAAAAUUGUUCGUUUCCGUCAACAUUCAGAUUGACAUGCAUUUUCUGGGAAGCUGAAUGUUAUUUUAGAUAUCAUUUAGAAAACUGAAGCUGUUUUUCUGUCUGCUUGGAUAUGGCAACGGGAAAUGUUUGUCAACUUAUUCAGAAGAUCCCCAAGAGUUGGAUUCGAAUCAGUUUUGGAGUUUUAGAAAGCCGAAGAGGAUAACAUCCAGAACAUAUUGAUGGCAGUAGGAGGACAAAUGAACACUGCUAAGCUUUCGUAACUUCCAGAAAUAACUCAGCAAGCUAGUUACUGAUCAGUAAUCUAUGAAUGUUAACUUUUCUAUAUUUUGCUCUCAAGUAACUAGAAUAUACAUGAUAUCUAGACAUAAGUACAUUAUAUCUUGUCAUCAAUUUUGCCAUCUGGACUCCUGUUUUUCCUUUUGCAAUUUGAUUCAGAUAUUUCUUUUCUGAAGAGAUCGUGAACUAAGAUGAGGCAUAUUACCUGAGUAUAUAUAUAUUUUUUAAAUAAGUGAGAUUGGUUGAGUUCAGACUAAA